UUCUGGCUCAGAGCAUGACACACCUCCCUCCCUGACCCCUAUCCUUACCCUUCAGGACAGAAAGGGUAGCGACAGAGAGAGAGAGACAGAGACAGACAGAAAGACAGAGAGACAGAGUGAGUUAGAGAGAGAGAGUGAGAGACAGAGAGACAGAGAGACAGAGACAGACAGAAAGGGUAGCGUCAGAGAGAGACAGAGAGAGAGAGACAGAGACAGAGUGAGUUACAGAAAGAUAGAGAGAGAAAGAGAGAAAGAGAGACAGAGAGAGAGAGUGAGAGAGAAAAUCAUCUAUUCCACGACCAUCAGCCACUAUUGUGAACACUGGUCUUCUUCACGCACAGACUGGAACAUCCUCGCCUGCUUUCUGCGAUGUCUGUUUUCAGUCAGAAGUCGAAGCCUGUCAGAAGGAGUCAGGAGAUGAGUGCCAGUCAGAACAACGUUGACAGCAGCAGGAAGAAGACCAGUCUGCUGAAAGACAACAGCUGGAUCAGACGCAGCAUGGAGGAGGAGGAGGAGCUAGUGGACCUGCAGUCGGAGGUAGGCCAGCCUGUCCCUGCCAGCCUGUCCCUGCCAGCCCGUCCCUGCCAGCCCGUCCCUGCCAGCCCCAGCACCCCAGUCAACCAUCUGACCAAGAGCCCUCCACUUCCUCCGAAGACCAAGACUGUGUCCUUCGUUUUAAGACGCUCAUCGCUGAAGAGCCCAUCCAUCUCAUCGCUGAAGAGCCCAUCCAUCUCAUCGCUGAAGAGCCCAUCCAUCUCAUCGCUGAAGAGCCCAUCCAUCUCAUCGCUGAAGAGCCCAUCCAUCUCAUCGCUGAAGAGCCCAUCCAUCUCAUCGCUGAAGAGCCCAUCCAAAGUCCAUCCAUCUCGCUGA